CCAACUUGAAUGUAUAGACUCGUUCGGUUCCAAGAUUCUAUGAUAGCGACCUGGCUGGGCAUACGAUGAUGAUCAAUGUCCACAUUUAUCGAUGUCCACAUCCGUCCAGCACCAUGACGAUCUCGGUUCAGCACGCGAGACUUUUCCACCUGAAUUCGCCGCUCAAAAAUGUUUCGAAAUAUCCCCGGGUCGACAUUGCAUGCAUGAACAGCAUGUCUUGCCUCAUCGACGAGGGUUAUACUGGUGAGCACAGACUGACAUAGCGAUUUCGUCAAAUUGGAGCAGGCAUCUAAGCGGUGGCUGUCAUCGGGAAGCGACUGCGAAUCACAGUCGGACCAUAGAGUAUGCUAUGGUAUGCCGUGUCUGAACAUAUAUCCUAGAUCAACUGCAUCCCAUGCAAACCCUAGCGUCUUCUUAGUCCGUCCUAUCCGCCAUCUGAUACCGUAUCCUGGACAUGCCGGCGUACAUGGCAUGCACCCGAAAUGUUGAACUUUAUAUACAUGUAGCCAGCAGCGAUGCGCUUUCUACAGAUUCUUUCUCAUUACCUUCUCAUUCAUCUUCAGGUUUUUUCUUUCUUUUCCCCCAUGUGUGGCGUACGAGCAUAUUGUAUCGGACCACAUUAUUCAAGCAAGUUGCCAUGUUCCGAACAAACCCCCCAUAUACCAGUAACCACAACUCCUACUCCACACCACCAGAACCAACAAUGUACUGGAACGCUGUCUACUACCCCAAUUGGCGCAUCUAUCGCGAUCAACCUCCCGCCUCACUCAACUUUGAUGUGCUUUCCCAUGUGUUCUACGCUUUUGCUUGGGUGAAGCCUGAUGGCACGGUAUAUCUCAGCGAUGAAUGGGCAGACUCGCAAAUCCCUAUCGCUGGCACUGGAGAUAUCCCAGAGACGACGGGCUGCCUGAACUCGUUUGCUUUGCUCAAGAAGAAAUACACCAGACUACGGGUCGUAUUGUCAGUCGGUGGUGGAGGCAAAGGAAGUGAACCUUUUGCUGGGGUAGCUCGAGACCCAGCCUGCCGUACGAGGUUUGCCCAAAGUGCGCUAGGUCUGAUGCAGCAAUUCAACUUAGAUGGCAUUGAUAUUGAUUGGGAACAUCCUUCUGAUUCCCGGCAGGGCGAGGAUUAUGUCCAAUUGCUUGCCACAAUUCGGCAAUAUUUGCCAGCUCCUCAGUACACUCUAACAUCGGCUCUACCAGCCGGCGAAUGGGCUCUACAACACAUCAAUCUUGCCCACGCAUCACAAUAUCUCGAUCUGAUUAAUCUCAUGUCGUACGACUUCUCAGGACCAUGGGUUCAAAAGACGGGUCACCAGGCUCAGCUCUACGCCGCCAAUGCUCCUCACUCCCCAGAGGCUGCAAUCUCUUGUCACUCGGCUGUCUCCUAUAUAGUUAGACAAGGCGUCCCACCUUACAAGGUUGUUUUGGGAGUCCCUGCUUAUGGACGCUCUUUUACCAAUACCAGGGGUAUAGGCCAUUCCUAUAAUGGUACCGCAGGAGAAGAAGGGACCUUCGAGUACAAAGACCUCCCUCGCCCAGGGGCAACGGAGCAUGUGGAUGAGCAGACCGGGGCCGCCUACUGCGUUGGAGGUGAUGGUGGAUUUGUUACUUACGACAACCCAUACACUGUUAAACUCAAGGCGAACUAUGUGCGUCAGAACGGAUUGGGGGGUCUUUUCUAUUGGACUGGGACAGGAGAUGCCAGUGCACAUCACCAGAAAGACAGAAGCCUGGUAUACAAUGGCUUCUUGGGCCUCUUUCCUUCGUAG